AAUUUUCUGGAUUCCUUUUGCCUAGCCUCUGUUAAUACCAGCCUUGCAAGUGACGUGGGGGAAAUCUGCUUGUGAUACCACUUGUGACCAGAAAGGCUGGAGUGUGAAUCCAAACAGCUGGAUCAUAGUGUCAGACUGCCAAAGUGCAUGUGACAGAGGGGAGUGGCCUUCUGCUCUGCAUCACUCUGGGGGUGGAGCCUUCUCUGAGCAGUGCCUGUGAAUUCUGUCCUGCCAGUCUUGGGGGAGGAGCUGCAUUUUACCAGGCUGCAGCUGACAAGAAGCUUCAAGCCUUAGUUAAUAUCAGAUGUGGGAAGUCUGCAUGUGACUCAACUUGAGCCCAGAAAAGCCUGCUUGGAAAUCAGCUGGCGUGAGGAUCAAGAUAGUUGGAUCACACACUGCAAGACCACCACCAUCCACACGACAGAAGUAUUUUCCAGAGUACUCUUAUUCAAACAACAUGUUCAAGUAUCCUGGGGACAUAUUUGUGGAAGAAAACAGUGCACAUAAGCCAUAAACUCUUUGUGGUUCUACAUCAAAAGAAACUUUAAUAAGACUUGUUUUGAUAGCAUUUGUAUUUGCGGCCACAAGGCCAGCCAAUCUCUUUGUCUGUAAUACUAACCACUUGGCACACUAAUCUAAAUCAUAAUGGAUGACGAAUAUGUUCUAUGUAAUUGGAAAGACCAACUAUGGCCAGCAAAGGUUUUAUAUAGGUUUGAAACUUUGGCAAGCAGUGAGAGGCAAAUGACAUUUUCCCUACAAGUUCAAAUACUUUCACUUGAUGAGACCAUUACCGUGGAAAGCAAAGAUACAAGAGUCCUAACUGAAUCUGAAGUUAAAGCCAUUGUGUCCUCAUUAGCAGUACAGUCAGGGGCCAAACUUCUACCUAGGGAGGAGACAACCUAUGAAAGAUCACUGAAAAUGGCACUGGAAAUCAUGAAAGGAAGAACAAAGCAGAGCCCCGAAAGCAUGUCAGGUGGAGCACAUUCCACUACAACAUCUGAAGAUGACCCGAAUCAGCCAUCUCAGUUACCUCCUCCUAAGAAGAUGCGGAAACUUAACAGCAACCGCAAGGAAGACUCAGCUUCUGUGAUACUGUGCUUAGAGAGUGAUGAUUCCCUGUGUGAGGAUAACCUGCCGGUGCAAACAACCAGUGCGAGUACCCCAAGUGAAAUGGAAGCCAAGUCAUCACAAAACGAUGAUGAUGAUGACGACGACGAUGAUGAUAAAGAAGAAAAGAAGGUUGACAUCUCAGACAUCAUGUCUGUGAAUUUGUCACUUAAAGAGGAUGAUGACUAUAUUAAAGAAGAGAAGUUCAUCUCAUCAUCAGAAGAUCUUGUUGUACCCAAAAAGGAGUCCCAAAACAUCUCCCCAGAUGCCCCAGCUGAUUCUUCUACCUCAGAGAAUAACCUGGAGGAUCCUGGAGAGGGCCCAUCAAAUCAGAAUCCACGUUUCUAUGCCAGCCAAAGUCAGUCUUCUGUGGAAUCAGAAAUAGGUGCUGAAACAUCCACUGCAGGGUGUUCAGGGGAAUAUCAGGUUUCUCUGCCUUCCUAUAAUACAGUCAACAGUGAUCUACUAAUUCAGAGACUGGAAUUAGAAGAUUUUGAAGAAGAAGCCCGGGCUUCUGGCAAGCUGUUGUCUCUAAAUCCUGCUAGGGAAGCUGCAUUAUAUAAUGAUGAUGGUGAUGAUGAUGAAGACCUCCCACGCUUCAUUCUCUGUUAUGAGACACGUGGAUUUGAAACCGGCAUGAUAGUGUGGUUUAAAUAUCAAAAAUACCCAUUUUGGCCUGCAGUGAUAAAAAGUAUUAGGCGAAAAGAAAGGAAGGCAAGUGUGCUUUUGGUUGAGGCAAACAUGAGUCCUCAAAAGAGGGGUGUUAGAGUAUCUUUCAGAAGAUUAAAAAAAUAUGACUGUAAAGAGAAACAAGCACUAGUGGAGAAAGCCAGGGAGGAGUACCCUGAGAGUAUUGAUUGGUGCGUGUCACUGAUUUGUGACUACAGAGUUAGACUAGGUUGUGGCUCUUUUACAGGCUCAUUCUUUGAGUAUUUUGCUGCUGACAUCAGUUAUCCAGUAAGGAAAAUAAUCAAACAAGAUACCCUCAGAAAUAUUUUUCCAAAGUUAUACGAUGAAGAUGCGGGACAGCAAAUGUCUGUGACAUCUCACACCAAGAGACUCUCUUUCCAGAAAAUUCUUCCUGACCGGAUGAAGCCUGCUCGCGACCGAGCUAACAAGAACCUGUUGAACUUCAUUGUCAAUGAAAAAGGAGCAGAGGAGCACCUCCUGGGCAUUGUAAAUGGUACAAAAAAAUCCAAAUGGCUGAAAGCAUUUUUGAAGGCAAAGACUUUCACACCCUGUAUUGAAACAUACUUUGAAGAUGACGAUCAACUGGAUGAGAUAAUGAAAUAUCUACAAGAAAUUUAUAAACGAAUAAACCAGAAGAUGCUAACUCGCAUAAGAGAUGACAAGAUUAAAUUUAUGAUGGAAGUUCUUCUACCAGAAGCAAUUAUUUGCUCAAUUUCUGCUGUUGAUGGCUUAGAUUAUGAGGCUGCUGAGGCAAAGUAUCUAAAGGGCCCAUCCCUUGGCUGUAGGGAAAGAGAAUUAUAUGAUUCCAAAAUAUUAUUUGAGAAGAGACGGAGGUCACUACCAAAUGAAGCCCGCUAAUUCUGCUGAGAGUCAAAACCACAAUGGAAGCUAGAUGAAACUUUGGGAAAGUAAUCUUCUAAGAGUUCUAACAUGUAACCGUUUGCUGAAAAUGCAGGGGAAGAUCUUUUGGUUAUAAGUUUUUUUUUUUUUUUUUUUUGAAGAUCUGUAUGAUCUGCAGAUACCACUACAUCCAUCUUUAUUUUCUUGUGCUUCUUCCGAAUAAGCUUCAUCAAUAUAUUUUUAGUAGUUUGGUUUUCUAAUACGUUUUAGAAUGUAUAAUCCUUAGGUGACUUUAAGGGAAACUACUAUUUUCUUUUAUGAUAUUUUUGUGUCUUUGAUGUAUAGGUAAAUAUGCACAUUCAGUUUAAUAAAAUUGCACUAGCAUUAGUUUUUAAGCAAGAAAAUUAGAAAAGAUGUCUAAAAAUAUCAGUUAUAUAUUUUUUGCUCAAUUUUUAUAAAAUACUGAGUUUUCUCUUAAAAUAGCUGAAUUAUAUUUCCUGCCAUGCCUACUUAUUUUUGGGAAAAAAUAUCUGUAAACCCUAGAACCAAAGAUAGCUUAAACUUUGCUAUAUAUUAUAACUAACCACAAUUGCUUUUGCAAGAAAAGAAUCUAAAAUUAAAAAGUAAAUGGGUUAUCUGCAUGUAAUCUCUCUAUGUGUGUAUAUAUAACAUCUCAGCAUGCAGAAAAUGAUUCUGGCAUCCAUGAGCAGAAUUUUUCAUUCUACACUUCUCUGAAAUUCCAAUUUGAGGAGUGUCUGACCUUCAGUGCUGAAUAACUUCUUAUAACAGAUUAGCUUCUGGCUAGUUUCAUAAUCAUAGGUAGAUCUUGUUAAUAUGGCUAUCUGAGCACAUUUAAAAGAUGGUUAAGUGUAUCAACAGUCUGACCAUUCUACAGUCCAGGGUUGCUGCUUCAAAGUCCAUCUAGUUUGAUAUAAACUAGGAGAAGCAAGCACUGUGUUCAGAAUCCUGUCUUCAAAUAUAAAGACAUUUGUCUCAAACCAAGCAAGCUUUUGCAUCUGGCUUAUUUAUAGAAUGGUUCCAAUUGGUUCCAAUAACAUAAAUGCCAACUGGUAAAUCAUUCCAACUACUAGAUGGACCAGAAUCUGGAAAUUUGGGAAAAUAUUACAGCAAAAGUUCUUACUUGCUACAUGUGGCAGUUAUUCUGUAUAUGGUUACGUAUACAAACUUAGUUGUUCUUGUAACUUGAAACAAGAUUUUUUAUGAGACUAAAUCUUAUAAAAGCUAGUAUAUUUAAAAAACUUGAUGUGAAAAGAUGUACUAAGGGCUUAACACGAACCUAUCUCCAUUUUUACCUCACAGAGUGGGACAACUCUCACUCUUGGGCUCUUUGGUGUUCAUCUCACAUGGCUAUAUGUCUAUGUACAAUUUGCAAAAUUUUGGUAUUUGAUUUAUAAUGAAAUUAUUAUAUCCUUUACCUUAGAUAUUCAUUUCACUUUAGUUGUAUAGAAACAUUGUGUUGUUCUGUAAAUUAAUAUAAGUACAA